UGACUCCUCCGGCAUGAGGGCGGAGCGGAUUUGCAGCUUUCUCCGUGAUAUCUGUCAAUGUGACUCCUACCUACCGGCUUUCAUUCGCUGACUUCGGCUUCAUCCGCGUCGUCUUCCAGUUCGAACAUGAAGAUCUGGACCUCGGAACACAUAUUCAACCAUCCUUGGGAGAUGGUGACCAAGGCUGCUAUGCAGAAGUAUCCCAACCCCAUGAACCCUAGUGUGGUGGGAGUGGAUGUUCUGGACAGAAACGUUGACCAACAUGGACGCCUCCACAGUAAAAGACUGCUCAGCACAGAGUGGGGACUACCAUCCAUAGUGAAAUCUCUCAUAGGAAAUGCACGGACGUACACGUACGUUCAGGAGCACUCAGUCGUGGAUCCCAAGGAAAAGGCUUUUGAGCUCCAAUCCUCCAAUAUAACUUUUACAAACAUGGUGUCUGUGGAUGAAAAGUUGACAUACAAACCACAUCCUGAAGAUCCAGAGAAGACGAUACUGACUCAAGAAGCCAUCAUCUCUGUGAAAGGUGUUAGCCUCAGCAGUUACCUGGAAGGUGUUAUGGCCAGCACCAUCUCUGCUAAUGCUGGAAAGGGUCGAGAAGCCAUGGAGUGGGUAAUAAGACGACUCAAUGCAGAAAUCGAAGAGUUGGCAGCGACAGCGCGUGGAACCAUACGCACCCCGAUGGCUGCAGCGGUCACAGAUAAAUGACACCUACCUCUUUCUCAGCAGAACCUCACAAGAGAUGUAACAUCAGUACGACCAGCCUCCCCUCACUUAAUGGUGCUCUGGGUUUUCUCUUUUGACAAAGGGCACUUGGGUACACGUUACUAUCUACAUUAGAUAUGUUUUUGAGCAGCAGACCGCAGCAUGAAGAGGUCCUGAGAAAUAUUUUCAAAUCUGGACGAUGAUGAUGAUUGAGAAGAUCGAGCAGCACACUCAGGGACCGGUUUAAAUACCUCCGCCAUUGUAUGUUUGGAUUGGCAAGAAGACUUCAGAGGCACCUGGUGGAACUGGAAAGGAGAACAAGUGCCAAAGCAGAUGCAGCGUUUUAGCCAGAUUGUCGCACACACCUUUGCCAGAUGUGCUUUUUAUUUUGUAACAACCUCAGAAUGUCAACAAUGUUUCAUCUGGUAGAAAAUAGUAUGAAGAAAACCAGAUUUGUAGAGGGGUUUGCAAAUAAACUAAGAUGGCAGAAAUAUUUUUGUCAGCAGAUUUCAAAUGCAAUUUGUGUCAAUUAUAAAUGUAAGAAGUGCGGUUUGAUUAGCUAAUGUAAGACCUAAAAUAUGAGGAUUCAAAGUUUAACAGUUAUGUCUGUUUAUGUUUGAAAAACAUCUCAAGUUUUAUCCUGUGGGACCGCAUUCAUGUAACGCCUCUCUGUAACAAGCAACUUGGUUCUGACUGUACUCUGUUAUAACUUAGUUAUUUUAUUUCAAUGGAAGGGAUCAAUGUUUUUGCCAUUUUUAUAUUUAAUUAGAAGACCUUCUCAAGUGUUGCGCCAUUGUAAUGUGGACAUUAAUGUGUCCAACAGGAACUUGACCAGUUUAUCAGCUUCCACACUAGAUCCUGUCUGUUUACCUUCAUCUUGAGGCCUUUGCAGUGACACAUUUUAGUAUCAAAGCUCUGCUGCACAUGUUGUGGAGGCUGAUCUAAAUUCUCGAAUGGUUACAAAGUACAUUUGAGAGGGUCUUCAAGUGGCUGCACUACUUUUUUAUUGUAUGCAUUUGUAACAUUUAAUAUAUUUAUUUUGUAAAACUGUUUUAAGAAGUGCAAUGUUAGUUUCUUGAUUGUAAAAUUUUAGGACACAUUCUACGUUAAAGGUAGCUUGCAUAGAUGUCUGUGGAAAGUGCACGAGUGCAUGAUGUGGCAAUAAAAUGUCAAUUCUAUGUGAAAAA